UGCAAUUUUAAUCAUCUACACGUGGCCCAACCAAGACACGCCACGUUUGAGUUACGCAGUCUCAAUCUGCUCCAAUUCUUGAAAGAGAAAAAUUGAAAAUAAAAAAAAAAUCUCAUUUCAUCGCCGUCAGUUUGGCUUUCUUCGGUUUUCAGAGAAAAUUAUUCUGGGUGAAGUCUGAAAUUUUUCAUUUUCCUUGAGAAAUGAGGCAGGACUGGGAAUUAGUGCUUGUGAUUUAUCUGAUUAUCAGUUUUUGCGCGGUGAUCGGUUAUUCUGCGACGUCCGAGCAGGAUAUUAGAGAGAGAUUUUACGGUAAUUUGAUAAAUUCAUCGGCGGCGGGUGAUGGCGACGGGAGCAUUGCCAAGAUGUUCGAUCGCGUGUUGGAGAAAGAGUUUUCAGAGAAUGAUCAGCCUGAAGGAGCCGAUGGAAGCAGUUUCAAUAGCACUGUAGCGGAUCAGCAGGCGGAAUUGGAGACUGUCGCUAAAAUAACCCAUGAGAAGUCAAAGAAGAAUGACACUAAAGUGGCCAAUGCUACCAAAUCUUUCCAACUUCAAGAUGUUUUCUCCCUUGAGAAUGAAGAUUCUGAAGAUGUGGAAACUUUGAUUGAUAAAAAGGACAACGUGUUUGUGAUGUCUAAUAAGAAAUCGAAGUAUCCAGUCCUUCAAGUUGAUUUUAGGCUAAUUUCAGACUUGGUGGUUGUUGUAGUCUCUGCUGCCACUGGUGGAAUUAUCUUUUCUUGUUUGGGACAACCGGUCAUUGUUGGCUAUCUUCUGGCUGGAUCAAUUAUUGGCCCUGGUGGAUUAAAUUUUAUCAGUGAGAUGGUACAGGUGGAGACUGUCGCUCAGUUUGGUGUUGUCUUUCUCUUAUUUGCCUUGGGACUGGAGUUCUCUUUGUCAAAGCUUAAAGUUGUGGGGCCUGUUGCUGUUCUUGGUGGAUUGCUUCAGAUAAUCAUCCUUAUAUUUUUGUCAACUGUUAUUGCAUUGUUCUGUGGAGCAGAGUUGUCAGAGGGUGUAUUUGUCGGUUGUUUUAUGUCAAUGUCAUCAACUGCAGUGGUAGUGAAGUAUCUUGUUGAGCGGAACAGAAAUAAUUCGGUUGAUGGUCAAGUGACAAUAGGGACACUUAUUUUUCAGGAUUGUGCUGUGGGCUUGCUAUUUGCUUUGCUUCCUAUUCUUGGAGGUAACGGAAUCUUGAACGGAAUGGUCUCUAUGGGAAAAUUGGUAAUCACUUUAUGCAUAUAUUUUACGGUGGCUUCUAUGUUGACUUGGCUAGCUGUUCCUCGGUUUCUGAAGUUGAUGAUGCAGUUAUCAGCCCAAACAAAUGAACUCUAUCAACUCGCUGCUGUGGCUUUCUGCUUGAUGUCUGCUUGGUGCAGCGAUAAACUUGGCCUCAGUCUUGAAUUGGGUUCUUUUGUGGCUGGGGUGAUGAUAUCCACCACUGAAUUUGCGAAGCAUACCUUAGAUCAGGUGGAGCCGAUUCGUAAUUUUUUCGCUGCUCUCUUCCUUUCUAGCAUCGGGAUGCUCAUACAUGUACACUUCCUUUGGACACAUGUGGAUAUAUUGCUUGCAUCUGUUUUUCUGGUGGUGACUGUUAAGACAACAGUUUCUGCUGUGAUUACUAAGGCCUUUGGUUAUAACCUUAGAACAUCAUUUGUCGUUGGAGUGUUGCUGGCGCAGAUUGGGGAGUUUGCAUUUGUUCUCCUAAGCCGCGCUUCAAACUUACAUCUUAUUGCGGGGAAGAUGUACCUUCUUCUUUUGGGAACAACAGCUCUGAGUCUUGUGACAACUCCCGUCUUAUUCAAGCUAAUACCUGCUUUCAUACGCUUGGGUGUUCUUAUGCAAUGGUUUCCUUCUCAAAGUAUAACUAAUAAUGAGGAAAAAGUUGUGGUGGUUCAAAGUGGAUGACUAGACUUCCUGUACGUUGGCAAUUCCUAUUUUGUUGGUUGAUAACAACAUCAAGCUAGAGGUAUAAAUGUUUAUUAGAAGAACAGAAGGAAAAGAUGGGUGUUUAGGACGGACAUUGUGGACCUUCCAGAGUUGAUUCAAUUUACUUCCAGCGUUUGAUUCAAUUUAGAGUCUACAUUCGUGUACAUACGUGACAUUAUAUCUUAUAGGGAUUUAUCUUAUAGGGAUUUGUAAAUAUUCACACGCUCAAAUCUCAUAUGGCUAUUUGCCUAAAGCCUUUGCCUUUUUUGAACUUAUGUAAGCUAAACCUGAUUUAGAGCUGCUAUUAAUACAUGAUGACAGAUUACACGGCAGUCAAAUGUUCUUUUUUCCUUUUUGUUCGCGCUUAUCUUGCAUGUUUGCAAUACAUUUAGUUCUUC